GCAUUAUACAAUUAUUGACAAUAGAGAAAAUGUAUAUGCUCAGAUUGAUGAUGUUCUCAGUAAUAGUGCUCAAGACACUAACAUUUGACCCCGCUCAGAGUACAAUCACUGGUGUAACUUCUGGAGAUAGUCUAGUUAUAAACCAGACUUAUACUAUCAUCGUCCAGGCCAAAGAUUCUGGAGGAAAUAAUAUUGCAACUGGAGGAGAAGAUAUCUAUGCUCGUAUUACAGAUCCAUGCACUCGAGGAGUCAAUAUGGCCUGAGUUGCCUCUGCUUUCACUCAGAGUGCAGUUAAUGGCGGAGAGAAAGUUAUCAAGUUUGUACACACUGCAGGGGGAUCAUACUCUGCAAGUUUUGACCUGAACCAUAUUGGAGAUGCAACUAUCUCAGUGGUCUGGCCCGAACAUCAAGAUAUUUCUGCAAAUUAUUACAGUUCAGGGAGUAUUUCAGGACCUCCAGAUGAUUCGAAUACAACAGCAGACAUCAACUUGAGUUGGGUUAUUAAUCAAGAUAUCACUCCUGGCAAUCAUGACAACGUAGCAGCCCAGCUCACUGGCAAGCUUACUUCUUUUCAGUCUGGGACUUGAAAUUUAUCAUUGCUCCAAGACGAUGGGGCAGACUUUAAAAUUAAUGGAGUGGCAGAAAUCAGCAAUUAUGGAGUCAGGAUGUUUGAUACAACUAGUUUCAAUUACUUCUUCAAUGCAUUCGAAACUUAUGAUCUUGAAAUCGAUUGGAUAGAUAUAUUGUACGCUGCUGCCUUGAGACUCUCGUGGGAUUGUGGAAGCGGAAGUAUACUCAUUCCCCCAGAAAAUUAUGCAACUGCUAGUGAUGUAGGAACUAGCCCUUUACAAAUUUCUGCAGUUUGUCCUGAUAAAUAUGAGCAGACUCCUUCAACCACUGACCAAUGCAGACCUAAGUGUGGAGAUGGCUAUGUCAUCAGUUCUGAAGUCUGUGACGACAACAACACUGUCAGUGGAGAUGGAUGAAGAUCUGAUUGCACUACAAUUGAAUCGAGCUGGUAUUGAUUAGGAGGCUCAUCAACAUCUAAAAGUGUCUGAACUGAGUGCAGCAAUGGGCUCUAUCUAAAUGAUCCUUCUAGUCCAACUGAAUGCAUUACAAAAUGAAGUGAUGGAUACAGAGUAGACUCGGAAGCUUGUGAUGAUGGUAACACUAUUGAAGGAGAUGGCUGAUCUUCUGACUGUAGCGAAAUUGAAGUUGGCUGGAAAUGAGACACUUCAGUUCCAAAUAUAUGUAGCCGAGAUUAUAAGUCAGUUCCUAUGACUACAAAUGAGAGGUCAUUACAGAUCGGAACUUUAUGUGCUAUUCCUACCUUAGUCUUAAUGAACGUUAUUGGAGGAACUUUUAGUAGCGCAUCGACCAAUUCUAUACUUUCUUCAAUAAACCAGCUCCAGUUGUUGAUCCUAUUCUUGCUGUGUGAAAUCUUCAUCCCACUCAGAGUGGUGACUUACCUCAGAACUCUCACAGCAUCUCUGAUUGACAUCGACAUUGACUGGAGUUUCAUCAUUGUAUUCAGGAAAAUCACUGAGUGGUUCGACUUUGCUCAGCCCAGAGAUGAUUUCGACACCAUUGAAAUCAGUUCGGGGAGUGCACUCAUCAACCUGAACACUCUGGUCUGCAUGUUCAUCAUUUAUGUCAUCAUCCACUUCAUAUUGUGGGUCGCCAAGAAGUGAGUGGGCAAGUCUAAAUAAGCUCUGAGCUCGAUUCGUCAAGAAAGCUUACAGAAGUUUCACAUUCCAAAUGUAUGUGGUCUUGAUCUUUGAAGGAUUCAUCAACCUGUGUUUGUGCUCCUUCUCUGAGCUAGAAAGGUACAAAGUCAACACAACUGGGGCUGAACGUAAUUCAUUCUACUUCGCUGUGUUCUUUGCUGUUAUCUGUUCUAUGUCUCUAUUUACAGUUGUAGUAGUUUGGAUAUCUAUAAAGCCUUCAUCUUCAAACAUGAAGAAGUGUCUUCAGAGAGAACUUUAUGAUGGGGUCAAGCUCAAUAGAUGAGCCAGAUUGCAGCCCAUAUUGUUUCUGGUCAGGAGAGUAGUUCUUUGACUCAUGAUAACUUUUGGCAGAUCACUUGAUAGACUUAUGUUCAUGGGACUGUACACCUCGACCAAUUUCAUUCAUUGAGUGUUGAUCUGAUGCAUCAGGCCAUUUAAGAAUGUGUCUGAAAAUAUUACAGAAAUAGGAAACGAAAUGUUUAUUGUUACUUUCUGUUUGUUCUUGCUACUCAACCGCUCAGAAAAUGAUUGGAGUAGUAGCAAGGCAACUAUUUUCUAUUGGAUUUUUAUCUUGAACAAUGUCUUGUAUGCAGUGUUCUCCAUAACGAUGUUCAUUUACACCCUCUGUGUUUGCAAAAAGAAGAAGAGGAAGGAUUUAGAUAUGAAGAUCAUGAAGAUCUCACCUAAGAAGACAAAAAAGAUUACUCUGAAUGUUUCUCGAUGUUUGCCUAGAUCAAAGAACCUCAACGAUCUCCGUAGGUACAAAUACAGAAACGAAUUCAAUGGUGCAGGUCGUUUUAACUCUUCUGGCCCAGGCCCUAGCUGUGUGAACCUUAAUAGAGAUAUAUAAGCAUAAUUCAUAGUAGCUGCAGAAGGAUUAACAGAUUUAUAAUACAAAGAUCUAUUCCUUAUCAGAUCUCUCUGCUUUCACAGACAUUUUGAUAA